AUGGAUGUAGGCACCUAUAUUAUUAUAAAGGGUAACGAUGUACUGACCCAACUUGAUGAAAACGACGAAGAGUGCGAAGAACUCACCGAACAAUUUAAUGUUAAGCCUCAAGUAAAGGAUACAGUAUUUAAUCCAAAUUCUAAAAUUGAGAAAUUGGUAUUAAAUAAAAAAAAGAAAUUAGAUAAUAAGUAUGGUAAUAAUACUGAUAAUAAUAAUGAUAAUGUUAGUGAUGGUGUCAAUGGUAAUGAUAAUGUUGGUGAUAAUGUCAAUGAUAAUGGUAAUGCUAGUAGUAAUGUCAAUGAUAACGGUAAUGCUUGUAAUUAUGUCAAUGAUAAUGGUAAUGCUAGUAAUAAUGUCAAUGAUGACUAUGAAAAUAGUGAUAUUGUUUCUGAUAGUGGUUCUGAUUCAGAUCCAGAUAUUGUCAACUUUAUAUGGAAUUAUGAAAACAAUCUAAGAACCGUCCCAAAGUCGGAUAGAUUAACAAAAUCCAAAUCGAAAAAUGUGACUAAUUUUAAAAGUUUAACCAGCAAUUCUGUUGUAGAAAAUUUACAAUAUCAUGGUGCUGACAUUUACAAAAAUUACAUGUAUUAUGUUGAUAAUGAUAUUUAUUUACUGGAAUUGGAAAUUUUGGUAAGCAAACUGUUGAGAUCAAGAGCAUCUGAAUCAUAUGACAUAAUUGAAGGUGAGAUUGAAAUGUUGUUUUUGGGGUACUGGAAAUUGGAAACUCAGGACUUAAAAAAUUAUAACGAGGAUAGUGAACAGAGCAGUGUUGAGGAGGACAAUAGUGAAAAGAAAAAUGAAAGUAAAAAUAAUGAAAAUGAAUGUAAUGAAGGUAAAAAAUGUUAUGACAUGAGCGAAGAUAGUGAUUGUGUGGAAGAUGAUUUCGAGACAUUGACUAGGGAAUGUGAUAUUUUGUGUAAAGAUUUAGGCAUACAAUUAUUCCCCGAUAGCAAACAGGCACCAACUGCAAUAGUGAAAAAAAUAAACAAACGUAAACAAAUCACAGAUAUUGCAAAUCACAAAAAGAAAAGUAAAUUAAAUUUCCUAACCAAUACAACCGACGUAGAAAAUAUAACUGAAAAACAAAAUAUUAAUACAAACAACAAUAGUAAAGACAUUUCUAAUCAAUAUAGUGAGUUAUUUGGUGAAUCUAUAUUUUCUAUUGAACAAAAACUAAGAAGAGAAUUAAAUCUAUUGGAAAAUAAAUUAAAAUCAGAUACUGACCUAACAACUAUAACAUCAGCUGUAACAUUUCUAGACAAGCUUGAUUGUGACUAUUUUCCAGUAUUUUCUUUAUUUAUUAAAAUUCUUAUCACUCUCCCAAUAUCUAUUGCUACAGCAGAAAGAAGCUUUUCUUCUCUACGUUUACUAAAAACAUGGCUAAGAACUAGAAUGAGCGAAGAAAGAAAGUUUGACGAAAAAUCGGAAGACCAAUGUAAUUGGUAUACAUAA